ACAUUCUUCACGACACCAUGUCCCUAGUAACCGAGAUUGUGUCGCGUCUAGAUAUCAAUAUUGAUCGAUAUCACUCCCGUGCUACUGAGCAUGUCAAUGCGAACAAUUUGAAGGAAUCAGCCUCGCCUAUUCAUAAUGUCCGAAGUCUUCAGGCUACAGUGCGGGCCUUAUCCGUGGACAAUCAUGGUCUACUGUCUCGUCGCAAUCUACUGCGCCUACUGAACCAAGCUCGCCGGGACAACUUGUUUUCAUUCCAAGCUGAUAGUGAUGCUUUCAAAGGAGAAGCAAUUGACGAACAGUCUUGGUUCUUACUUGCCAAAUUUACCACGCAGACAUUGGGUAGUGUCCUUGGCCUCCUACUCGAACAGUCUUCCUUGCUUGGCGCUGAGAUUGAUUAUUGGAACGAUGUCCUCGGAUCAAGCAUACUCACUGGACAUUAUACCAUUCAAACGGCGCCGUCCAGGAUAUGGUUGUGGAUAUCUGAAGUCAUUUCAACUCUGAAAACUGCAUCUGCACGUGAGAACAUGACGUCUCUGAGUUCAAUCAGCAGAGAUUGGAAACGCUUCUACCAGAUCGUUCAGAACAAUAUCCAAGAAGGCGUUUUGCGGAACACCAGAAAUACGUUGUCAUCACCACUUACCCGAUGUAGGUUGCAAUUGAGACAAAAGCGGAAAGCACUCGAAAAGCUCAAGGAUUUAAACGCCAGUGCGAUUGGUAUUCUUCUCGAGGAAUGUCUGACAUUUGCCAGCAAUGAACCAUCAUCAGACCCCAUUCACGCCAAAUUUAAUCGUGAACGGUUUCAUGGAUUAUACAAAACUGUGUUAUUGGUUGAAAAUACCCUUCAAGAUCUGUCGCAGUCAUUAGAAUCACCUAAAAUUUUUGAAGAAACCGUUUUUCUCGCAACUGACAAUAUGUUCCAGGAGAAGCAGCGUUCAUCUCUUGAAGAGCAAUCGGUACAAGCGAAUGAUGUUGUUGAGGGAUUAAUUUACGUGCUGAGGGACAGGAUUCCAAACAACCUUGCUUACAAUCAAUAUUUCAUCCGCAAGCACGGCCGUCCAUCUACCCUCGCGCGUUACUGGUUUCCAACAGUCAUCACAUUAAUGUCACUGAGUACAUCGCUGCGUGUUCUCACAAAUCGCAGAGCCGAGUUAUUGGAAUGGGUUUCUGAAUUUGGGGCCACUGUCGUCGACUUCUGGAGAAACUGGGUUCUGCAGCCGGUGGGUAAGCUGAUCGGGACGAUCCGGCACGAUGAGCAAAGUGAAAUUGCGAUUAUGAGUCGAACCAGCUUGGAAGCGGAUAGACAGAGCCUUGAAAGGAUGGUCAUUGAUUUCGUAUCGGACAACAGCUCGCAGAGUAAUAGUGGAAACACGCGGCCCGACGUUUCGACUAUUGCAGCGCAGGUUAGAGACGGGGACCUUACACCUGUUUUAAAGGCUUAUGAAAGAGAUCUUCGUAAGCCCUUCAUCGGAACAAUUCGGGGUGACCUCGUUCGCGCUCUUCUCAUUCAGAUACAAAAGACGAAAGUGGAUGUGGAGGUAGCUAUGGGGGGUAUUGAUGCCUUACUCAAGAGCCAGGAACUCGUUUUUGGGUUCAUCGGUUUGACUCCAGGGUUGCUGAUAACAUACACCACUGUUCGGUGGAUUGCCAGUCUCUUCGAUAGCAGGAAGGGCUUCAGAGCGGGAAUUGAAAAACAAAAGUUCAGGAACGCAGUGCGGAAUAUCGAUCGUAUUCUUGGUGCAUAUCCAACCACGCCAGACAGUGUCCUAUCCUAUCGAGACUACGGACUUUGCAUUUACGAAGCCCAGAUCCUGAAACGGAGGGCUCAAUAUACCGUCCCGAGAUCAUUUUUGCCAAUCUUUCAGCAGGAUUUGACGGACCUUACAGACCUGAGCCACGGGGUAUGGAGACAACGAAAUGCUCUUCAGCGCAUACAAUGGACCUACUCGAAAUGGUUCUGAGGGUUUUGGCAUUCAAUAUAUGCGUAGCGAUCGCCUGUGCUUAUACCACAUCAUCUGAGGAAGACAUGUCAAAUUGGGGGGGAGGAAUUGGACACUUACAGGGCAUCGCUUACUACUUGUACUAUACCUAGUAAAUCUGUACCAGUCCCAUGCACGUAAUGAAUAUCGUCUCGGACUAG